AGAGGGGAGGAGACUAUAGAUGUUGCCAGAAAUUAGUUUGCUCUGUCUUUUCUUUCUCCUAGAGUGUUUCACAGCCAAUGGUGUGGAUUAUAGGGGAACGCAGAACUGGACUGCACUGCACAGCGGGAAGCCAUGUCUGUUCUGGAACGAGACUUUCCAGCAUCCGUACAACACUCUGAAAUACCCCAAUGGGGAGGGGGGCUUGGGCGAACAUAACUAUUGCAGAAACCCAGAUGGAGAUGUGAGCCCCUGGUGCUAUGUGGCCGAGCAUGAGGAUGGUGUCUACUGGAAGUACUGCGAGAUAACUGCUUGCCAGAUGCCUGGAAACCUUGGCUGCUACAAGGAUCAUGGAAACCCACCACCUCUAACUGGCACCAGUAAAACAUCUAACAAACUUACCAUACAAACCUGCAUCAGCUUUUGUCGGAGUCAGAGGUUCAAGUUUGCCGGAAUGGAGUCAGGCUAUGCUUGCUUCUGUGGAAACAACCCUGAUUACUGGAAGUAUGGGGAGGCAGCCAGUACCGAGUGUAACAGCGUCUGCUUCGGGGAUCACACCCAGCCCUGUGGUGGCGAUGGCAGGAUCAUCCUCUUUGAUACUCUCGUGGGCGCCUGUGGUGGAAAUUACUCCGCUAUGACUGCAGUGGUCUACUCCCCAGACUUUCCUGACACUUACGCCACAGGGAGGGUCUGCUACUGGACCAUUCGCGUCCCAGGCGCCUCCCACAUCCACUUCAACUUCACCUUAUUUGACAUCAGGGAUUCUGCAGACAUGGUGGAGCUGCUGGACGGCUAUACCCACCGGGUCCUGGUCCGCUUCAAUGGAAAGAACCACCCCCCUUUGUCCUUUAAUGUCUCUCUGGAUUUCGUCAUUUUGUAUUUCUUCUCUGAUCGUAUCAAUCAGGCCCAGGGAUUUGCUGUCCUAUACCAAGCCAUCAAGGAAGAACAGCCGCAGGAGAGGCCCACCAUCAACCAGACACCGGCCGAGGUGAUCACUGAGCAGGCCAACCUCAGCGUCAGUGCUGCCCGGUCCUCCAAAGUCCUGUAUGUCAUCACCACCAGCCCCAGCCAUCCACCUCAGACCGUCCCAGGAUGGACAGUGUAUGGCCUGGCAACUCUCCUCAUUCUCACAGUCACAGCAAUCAUAGCAAAGAUACUUCUGCAUGUCACGUUCAAGUCCCAUCGUGUUCCUGCCUCAGGGGACCUUAUGGGUUGCCAUCAACCAGGGACUUCGGGGGAAAUAUGGAGCAUUUUUUAUAAGCCUUCUACUUCAAUUUCCAUCUUUAAGAAGAAGCUCAAGGGUCAGAGUCAACAAGAUGACCGGAAUCCCCUCGUGAGUGACUAA